UUGGAAGAGACCGACCUCAGCCAUCUCGGGCAGUUGCUCACCUAUGCGACCGGAAGUGGCGCGCAGGUAGCAAUUUGGGUCGCUCCGGAAUUCGGCUAUGAGCACGCGCAGGCCCUUCACCGGCUCAACAAAUGGACGAAGGAGAGCAUCAGGUUCUUCGGGGUCAAAAUUGAGGUCUUUAAGAAGGCCGGUGAUGAACACCUAGAAGCAAGAUUUCGCAAGGUGGUAUACCCCGGCGGCUGGAACAAGCAGGUGACACUCCCGUCGGGAGAGAUGCCCGCGACCAAGCGGCAGUACUACGAGUUCUUUCAACCACUGAUUACCAAGCUGCGCGGAGAGGGCUUUGCCGAUAAGGCUGUCAAUUACUUUGACCACACCGGCCGGUUCUUUCCCUCUCGGCUAGACGAAGAUACAGGCUACGCGGUCAGCUUCUGGAAUAAUGGUGCAUGGGUAUCUCUCCAUGUUCGAACGUGGGACAGCAUUGAGCGAAACAAUCGGAUAUUCGACGAACUGCAAAAGGCCAAGCCUGAGAUCGAAGAGUCCCUCGACGCUGAAUGGGUAUGGCACAGAUUCGGACCUCACUCUUUCUUCACCAUAAGCAUUAGAAGAGACAGCUCGAUAGACGACUCGUCGGAGAAGCUUGAAGAGACCAGGGGCUGGAUGCUAGACCAACUCCCAAAGUUGAAGAAGUCCUCGAUCCGCACCUGGAGCGGGUCUUGA